GUUAUUAAUUAGUUGCAAAAAUAUUUUAUAAACGGAACUGUUUUACUGUGGUUUUUUAGAGUAUUUAAUGCACUGAAAGGUGAAACAAAUUUGAGAAUAUUAUAAAUACACGAUUAACAAGUGUAAAAAUGUCGUUUAAAACUAAAGACGUAGUGCUAUCUGACGACCGACCAAAAAGUCUUCUUCUACAAAAACACUCUGAUUAUUUAGCAAGUUAUGGACUAAACAAAGACGAUUAUGAAUACUGCAUGACGGAAUAUCUUCGAAUGUCUGGAAUAUACUGGACUCUUACUGCUAUGGAACUUAUGAACCAAUCAUCAAGAAUGCCUAAAGAAGACAUAAUAAACUUUAUUACAUCAUGCCAAGACAGUGAAACGGGAGGAAUAUCAGCUAGUAACGGCCACGAUCCUCACAUGCUUUAUACUUUAAGUGCAAUACAGGUGUUGGCUAUGUAUGACAGGUUAGAUGCUAUUGAUGUUGAGGGUGUGGUCAGAUUUGUGGCAUCCCUGCAACAAGAGGAUGGUAGUUUUUAUGGUGACAAAUGGGGUGAGGUGGACACAAGGUUUUCGUUUUGUGCUGUGAUGUGUUUGUCACUGCUCCACCGUAUGGACGCCAUCAAUGUGAACAAAGCUAUAGAGUUUGUCCUGAGUUGUAUGAACUUUGACGGAGGUUUUGGAUCAAAGCCUGGUUCGGAAAGCCAUGCUGGUCUCAUUUACUGCUGUGUGGGAACAUUAUCAAUAUGUAAGAGAAUGGAUGCACUAAAAGCUGAUGAGUUGGCAUGGUGGUUGUGUGAGCGGCAGCUGCCCAGUGGUGGACUAAAUGGCAGACCAGAGAAACUCCCUGACCUAUGUUAUUCUUGGUGGGUUAUGUCUUCUCUGUCUAUGUUAAAUAGAAUACACUGGGUUGAUAAGAAGAAUCUAGAAGAAUUUAUACUGGCAUGUCAAGACUCUGAAACAGGCGGUUUCAGUGAUAGACCUGGCGACAUAACUGAUCCAUUCCAUACCUUAUUCGGAUUGGCUGGUCUUUCAUUACUUGGUAAUCCCAGUAUUAAAAAGGUUAAUCCCACAUACUGUAUGCCUCAAGAUACCAUUGACAGACUAAAAUUAGAUCCACAAAUCCUUAAUAUUUAACUUUAAGGUAAAUUAAGUAAGGAAUGAUAUAUAUUUUAA